CCUCUCCUGAAAGCCCUAGCCGCGCUUCCUCUCUGUCAGAUUUUGUUUUCUUCCUCCUUUUCUUGGUAGCUUAGCUUCGUCGUUGAAAACAAUGGCGGGUAAAGGUGAAGGUCCAGCCAUCGGAAUCGAUCUCGGUACCACAUACUCGUGUGUCGGAGUAUGGCAACACGAUCGUGUUGAGAUCAUUGCUAAUGACCAAGGUAACAGGACGACGCCGUCGUAUGUUGGGUUCACCGACACCGAGCGUCUGAUCGGAGAUGCCGCCAAGAACCAGGUCGCCAUGAACCCGAUCAACACAGUUUUCGAUGCCAAGAGAUUGAUUGGCCGUAGAUUCAGCGACUCUUCGGUUCAGAGCGACAUCAAGCUGUGGCCUUUUAAAGUUAUUCCUGGUCCUGGUGACAAACCCAUGAUUGUUGUCAACUACAAGGGCGAAGAGAAGCAGUUUGCUGCCGAGGAGAUCUCUUCCAUGGUUCUCAUCAAGAUGCGUGAGAUUGCCGAGGCCUACCUCGGGACCACCAUUAAAAACGCUGUGGUCACUGUUCCUGCUUACUUCAACGACUCCCAGCGUCAAGCCACAAAGGACGCUGGUGUCAUUGCUGGUUUGAACGUUAUGCGUAUCAUUAACGAACCUACGGCGGCUGCUAUUGCUUACGGUCUUGACAAGAAAGCUACCAGUGUCGGUGAGAAGAACGUCUUGAUCUUUGAUCUCGGUGGUGGUACCUUUGAUGUCUCUCUUCUCACCAUUGAAGAGGGUAUCUUCGAGGUGAAAGCUACCGCCGGUGACACCCAUCUUGGUGGUGAAGAUUUUGACAACAGAAUGGUCAACCACUUUGUCCAAGAGUUCAAGAGGAAGAACAAGAAAGACAUCAGCGGCAACCCUAGAGCUCUCAGGAGGUUGAGAACUGCCUGUGAGAGAGCGAAGAGGACACUCUCGUCCACUGCUCAGACCACUAUCGAGAUCGACUCUUUGUACGAAGGCAUCGACUUCUAUUCAACCAUCACCCGUGCUAGGUUCGAAGAGCUCAACAUGGACCUCUUCAGGAAGUGCAUGGAGCCGGUCGAGAAAUGUCUCCGUGAUGCCAAGAUGGACAAGAGCACCGUCCACGAUGCCGUCCUUGUCGGUGGAUCCACCCGUAUUCCCAAGUUUCAGCAGCUCCUUCAAGACUUCUUCAAUGGCAAAGAGCUUUGCAAAUCCAUCAACCCAGAUGAGGCCGUGGCCUAUGGUGCAGCUGUCCAAGCCGCCAUUCUCAGCGGUGAAGGCAACGAGAAGGUCCAGGACCUUCUCCUGUUGGAUGUCACCCCUCUCUCCCUCGGUCUUGAAACCGCUGGCGGUGUCAUGACGGUGUUGAUCCCGAGGAACACGACCAUCCCAACAAAGAAGGAACAGGUCUUCUCCACCUAUUCUGACAACCAGCCCGGAGUGCUGAUCCAAGUGUACGAGGGAGAGCGAGCCAGGACCAAAGACAACAACCUCCUCGGCAAAUUCGAACUCUCCGGCAUCCCUCCUGCUCCCAGAGGUGUCCCCCAGAUCACGGUCUGCUUCGACAUCGACGCCAACGGUAUCCUCAAUGUCUCGGCCGAGGACAAAACGACAGGACAGAAGAACAAGAUCACCAUCACCAACGACAAGGGCCGUCUGUCCAAGGAAGAAAUCGAGAGAAUGGUCCAAGAGGCGGAGAAGUACAAAUCAGAGGACGAGGAGCACAAGAAGAAGGUGGAAUCCAAGAACGCGUUGGAGAACUACGCGUACAACAUGAGGAACACAGUCAAGGACGAGAAGAUCGGAGAGAAGUUGCCAGCGGCGGACAAGAAGAAGAUCGAGGACGCGAUCGAGCAGGCGAUCCAGUGGCUGGAGGGUAACCAGUUGGCGGAAGCCGACGAGUUCGAGGACAAGAUGAAGGAGCUCGAGAGUAUAUGCAACCCGAUCAUCGCCAAGAUGUACCAAGGUGCCGGCGGUGACAUGGGCGGCGGUGCUCCGACCGGAAUGGACGAUGAUGUUCCUCCCUCCGGCGGAAGCGGAGCUGGUCCCAAGAUUGAGGAAGUCGACUAAGCUAUUCUCUCUCUUAUCUUCUUCAUUAUCUCUCUCUCCUCUCAAUUAUUACGAUAUCUUUUUUUCUGAUUUUGUGGAACCUUUAUUUUGUUCCGAGACUUCCGUUCCCUUUUUCUCUGAAAUUAAUUAUGAUGGAUGCAAUAUGCAAUUAUUUUUUGCAACA